AUGUCCUUGUCAGGCCAUAGUCUUACCGGAGGGGCUCCCCAUCAAGUACCUCCACCAAGAACUCAGGGGGCAGCUACGGGUGGCGGGCAACUUUCUGCAACUGCGAACCAAUUUGUAGAUAAGAUAGAUCCGUUCAGUAAGCGUGGUACUAGCCGGAGAAGAAGGGUUAUUAACAGCAGUCGUUAUCAUCCUGACAAUGAGCCUGAGCUUGUUGAGUUGGGGAAGAUUAAAGACACUCCCCUCGUUGAGCAACCCAACCUUGUUGUGCAAAAAUUGAUACAGUGUCAGAAAAUUUUUGAUUUUUAUGACCCCGUAUCUCAGCUUAAGAGCAAGGAGAUUAAAAGAGCUGCUUUAAAUGAACUCAUUGAUCAUAUUACUACCACAAAGGGUGCUAUUGUCGAGAGUAUAUACCCAGAGGUGAUCAAGAUGGUGUCUAAAAAUAUUUUCCGUGUGCUGCCUCCAUCUGAUAUUUCUGAAUUCGAUCCCGAGGAAGACGAGCCUACUUUGGAAGUCUCAUGGCCUCACCUUCAGUUGAUUUAUGAACUGUUUCUCCGUUUCCUCGAGUCUCCUGAUUUUCAAGCUUCAAUAGGAAAACGAUUUAUUGACCAGAGAUUUGUGUUAAAUCUUCUCGAUCUUUUCGAUUCUGAAGAUCCUCGUGAACGCGAUUUCUUGAAGACCGUUCUUCAUAGAAUUUAUGGAAAAUUCCUUGGGCUCCGUGCUUUCAUUCGAAAACAAAUUAAUAACAUAUUCUUGACGUUUGUUUAUGAGACAGAUUCUUUCAAUGGAGUUGGAGAAUUACUUGAAAUUCUCGGAAGUAUCAUCAAUGGUUUCGCUCUACCUCUCAAGCAAGAACACAAGAUAUUCCUAGUCAAAGUCUUGCUCCCCCUUCAUAAGCCUAAGUGCUUAUCUCUGUACCAUGCUCAGUUGGCGUAUUGUGUUGUUCAAUUCAUAGAGAAGGAUUCAUCUUUGACACCUCAAGUCUUCGAAUCCCUACUUGGAUUCUGGCCUAGAACUUGCUCAAGCAAGGAAGUUAUGUUCCUUGGAGAAGUAGAAGAAAUUCUGGAUAUUAUCGAACCCGAACAAUUCAAAAAGAUUAUUGAUCCCUUAUUCCGACAACUAGCAAAAUGUGUAAGCAGUCCUCACUUCCAGGUUGCCGAAAGAGCCCUUUAUUUCUGGAACAAUGAAUAUAUCCUUUCCCUUAUCGAAGAUACUAGCACACAGGUUAUGCCUAUUAUGUUCCCUGCUCUGUAUCGCAUUUCGAAAGAACAUUGGAAUCAAACUAUUGUUGCUCUGGUUUAUAAUGUCCUGAAAACUUUCAUGGAGAUGAACGGAAAACUUUUCGAUGAAUUAACAGGAACUUAUAAGAUUGAAAGGCAGAGAGAACGGAAACGCGAGAAAGAUAGAGAGGAUUUAUGGAAGCGUUUGGACCAAUUAAACUUCGAUGCCAACAAUCCACCUGAGCAACCACCUAAGAUCUUUCCAAAUACUCCACUGACCUCUUUCAUCAAGCCCAAGUCUGAAAGUGCAGCAGCUGCUCUCAAGGAAGGUGAGAAAUCUCCGGCAGCAAGUAAGAAAGCUAGUACUGGAAGCACGGGAACAGGCGGAACAAGUCCCUCUGCUAAAAAAUAG